AGACGCAAGAGCUCUAGUUAUGAGGCCCCAACUCCUCCUGGUGCUGCUCUCAGGGGUCCUGACCCUGCCUGUGACCAGGAAGGGCCCCCACUCCCUGAGGUAUUUCUACACCGCGAUGUCCCGGCCCGGCCUCCGGGAGCCCCGCUACGUCGCGGUGGGCUACGUGGACGACACGCAGUUCAUGCGGUUCGACAGCGCCUCAGCGACUCAGAGCGCGGAGCCGCGGGCGCCCUGGGCGGAGCAGGAGGGGCCGGAGUACUGGGAGGAGCAGACGCGGAUCCUCAGGAGCAACUUACCGGUGUACAGAGACAGCCUGAGCAACCUGCGCCGCUACUACAACCAGAGCGAGGAGGGUGAGCGGGCGGUCAGGGGCCAGGUCACGCCCACCACGGAGGGUCGGGAACCCCGGACCCCGGGUCCGAUCGUCACUCCGAGAUUAGUGGUCCCGCCCGAACCCCGAAAGAGCGGGCGGGGCCGUCGCCCCUAGGUCAGUUUCUGUUUACUCCCUGAGGAGGUGGGUGCCGGCUGCGUGACCGCCGGGCUGACCUGCGGGACAGGGUUUCACACCCUCCAGAGGAUGUACGGCUGCGACGUGGGGCCCGACGGGCGCCUCCUCCGCGGGUACAGUCAGUUAGCCUACGAAGGCGCCGACUACAUCGCCCUGAACCGGGACCUGCACUCCUGGACCGCGGCAGACGUGGCCGCUCAGAUGACCAAGCGCAAGUGGGAGGCUGAAGGAAUAGCAGAGGUCGUGAGGAGCUACCUGGAGGGGGCGUGCGUGGACUGGCUGCGCAGAUACCUGGAGCACGGAAGGGAGAUGCUGCAGCACUUAGAUGCUCCAAAGACACACAUAACGCACCACCCCAUCUCAGACCAUGAGGUCACCCUGAGGUGCUGGGCCCUGGGCUUCUACCCUGCGGAGAUCACCCUGACCUGGCAGCGAGAUGGGGAGAACCUAACCCAGGACACAGAGCUGGUGGACACCAGGCCUGGGGGGGAUGGAACCUUCCAGAAGUGGGUGGCUGUGGUGGUGCCUUCUGGAGAAGAGCAGAGAUACAUGUGCCAUGUGCAGCAUGAGGGGCUGCCGGAGCCCCGAGUCCUGAGAUGGGAGCCCGCUCCUAAGUCCUCCACCACCACUGGGGACCUCAUUGCUGGCCUGAUUCUCCUUGGAGCUGUGCUCACUGGGGCUGUGGUGGCUGCAGCUGUGAUGUGGAGGAAGAAGUGCUCAGGGUCCUGCCUGCGUUGCCUCCGGACACCUCAAAAGUUGGAGCUGGUCUCUGACAGAGUGCGGUGACAAGAUCUUCUAUGCAGAGAUCAAGCUGCGACUUCUCUUUAGAAACCUCCAUCCAACUUCUGUGCAGUAUCAAAGGCGAAAGGUGGGAGAGUAAAUGUAGGAAACCAGUGCUGCCUCCAGAAUACGUUGGGGGAUGAGAGGGAAGCUAGAAACUAAUAAGAAGUUGAUGGGACUGUGCAUAUUUAGAGAUGGACUUUAUAACGUUUCCUACUGCUGGGUUGUGAGAAAGUUGUCAAGUGUGACACCCAGUGUCAGAUUGUACAGGCAGAGAGGUGGAGCCUGCAGUGACAUGGGGAAGACUCCAGAAGAACCAUUUGUAGGCAUCCUCGGUAUUUGGUUUAAGAAAUAUAAAUCUGAGCUCUCUUAGAAAUGCAGUGAUGGUGGCAACAGGAGAGACAAGUGUGAAUACAGAUAAACUAUUGUAAAAACGACAAAAAUAAGGAGGCUUUUCUGUGACCAGACCCGACUUGUUCAGCAGGGAAGAAUUCCUUUUUGACCAAAAGAUAACUACCUCUGGGAAAAACAGCAACAUCCGGUCGCCAUCCUAAAAACCAUUGUAACUUCCUCGUUCCAUGCCUCUGAAAUGUACCCCCUCCCUUCCCUAAAAUACUGUUUAAAAACUGCUCACUGUAAUAGCUCGGGGCUCUUGGCCUUCCUCUUGCCUCAAGCCCACUCACGAGUGUAUUAAAUUCUUUGCAUUUUUCUGCAGUUCUGAAUUUUUGAGUCUUUGUCGGUCUGUCGUCGGUUCUAACUCUUUUCACUAUCUGAGUUAAGAAAUAGAUCUGGGCUGAUAUGGCGUAAAGAUAUUUGUAGCCUUGAGCAUGGAAGGGUCCCCAGGAGUGAUGACUGAGGAAGAGAAAGGCUGGACACUAGAUAUAUGUACUCUUGUGUUUACUGCAAAGAUCCUUACAAUGGCCAAAGCAUGAAAUCAACUUGUGUGCCUAAAAUAGAUGAGUAGAUCAAAGUAUGUGGUAUAAGAUACACAACGGUCUACUACUCAGCUGUGAAAAAUGAUGAAAUCUUAAAUUUAUAACAUCAUGGAGGAACUGGAAGAAAGCAGACUCAGUGGAAUCAGAAGGAGCACAACAAAUGCUAGGUGAUUUCAUUGAUGUGUGUGACAUGAAGCAACAGUGCAAAGGAGGAGCUAAAACCAAACUAAACUCCUGGAGUCUGGCUGCAGAACUGAGGCUACCAGAGUGGGGGGCAGUGAGCAUGGGGAGCAAAAGGGGCUAGAGGGUCCAAAGCACUAGGAUUGAAGACUGUGGGUACUUUGAGGGUAGGAGAGGUGAGGUAACACCUGAGGAGGUGUGAAGCUGUACCAAUGAAUCAUGUACAAUGUGCAAAUGUAUCUUACCUUACAAAAAUGCAGUAAUAAAUAAAAUGAAACUUUUCA